AUGGACGUACAAGGUGCCUUCGACACUGUCAUGCGCAACAGGCUCAUCCUCCGACUUAGGCAGCAAGGAUGGCCACCUAACCUCGUGAAGUGGGCCGGCUCAUUUAUGCAGGACCGCUCGGCCGCCGUACGGUUCCAGGACGUCACGACGCCAGCGUCGCCCCUCAAAUGCGGCCUGGCACAAGGCUCCCCGGCAUCACCGAUCCUGUUCGCUUUGUACAUCGCCCCAAUCUAUCGCCUUGGAAGUUCUGGCUGUCGCUUCGGCUACGCAGAUGAUACAGCGAUGCUACAACUGUUGACCUGGGGUGCGUCCAACGCUGUAACGUUCGACCCGGACAAAACUGAAAUAAUGCACUUCUCUCGCAAGAAGGACAUCUCCCGACCGUCGAUCAGGCACGGCGGCGUUGAGGUCGCCCGGAGGGCUCCUUACGCUGGCUCGGCCUCUGGCUUGACCGGAAGCUUUCGUUCAAGACCCACGUAG